AUGACUGCCUGGUCUGGCUCCUUCUUGCUCCCUAUCUCUCAAGCUGCUCGUGCUUCCUCCGAUUUCUGCAUCACAAUGGAAAACUUCGAUGUCGCUAUGAUCUUCGGUCUCAUUUUCUGCAUCCUCGUCAUUCAUCACGAUGAUCUCAACAAGUCCACAGCUUUCAUCACCAAACAUCUUGCUUGUCUUUACCGUCUGCUGUUCAACGCUUUCGGCCACGUUCUCUCUGCUAGUCAACGCUUUGCUGUUCAAAUGUCCACUACUGUCAAGGAGAGCAUUGUAAUUCCAGUCUGCCACAGUGCAACUGAACUCGCCCACGCUGUCCACGUUUACCUGGAAGAACUUCUCAACAUGAUCGUUAUGCCGAUCUACUACCGAGCAAUUGAUCUUGUCAAAUCUGGUCGCGACUAUGUCGUUGGUCUGGCCAUUACCGCCCACGAUCGUGCUGUCGACCUCCUACACAAUAUCAACAACUACUUCCAGGAGCUGAGAGAAGACGACGAGAGACUUCACAACAUCUUCACUGUUCUGUCUCACGCCGUUUUUGCCGCCAUUAUCUUGUCUUCGGUCUACCAGUGGUUCUCUCUCUCCGGUCGUCUCUCCGAUGGAGCUUUACGCAUACUCUUUGCCGCACACCUCAUCUUCUCCCACUGCAUGAUGGGCUUGAUCUAUGCUUCCGCCUCAGUCACGGAAUUGAUCUAUUCUCGUAUGCCUUCCAUCGUCGACUCUAUACUCGAGUACGUCAGCGGGGCACUCACAGAACACUGGACCAUCCUGACCCCUGAAGACCUUCUGGAAACCCCCCUCUCAUCACCCACCAACACAAUCCCUCCCAGCCCGAAUGACGACCAGCUUGAUGCCGGAAAGCAAACUCAACCUGUUGCACAGAACACUUUGCACGAUCCACUUGUAUGCUUUGACUCAUCUUCCACAUUUGCAACACCUGCUGUGCACGCUACCGACGCGGACGACCUCAAUAGACUAUAUGGUGAUAUGGAAGUGAGCUAUGGUGAGGGCAUUGAGUGUGAUGAUCGCGACAACCACGAUGAUUGCAACGAUGCUGUCUUAUCCAACUAA